AUGGAGAAAGAUAGAAAAGAAGGCCGACCUGAGAGUCAGUCAUACAAGGAGGAUGAGUUGCUCUAUGAUGUGUUCGAUCUAUGGAUUGCUGGUCAAGAGACGACAACGAUUACCACAAUGUGGGGCCUGAUGCACCUCAUCAGGAAUCAUGACGUG